CAGUUGUCAACAAGAUCCGUGAAAAAUGGCACCGGUACCGGAACCAACUAUUUACGAUUUAGCUUAUCGUGGACAAGCCGCUGCCGUAAAAAUUCUCUUGAGUGAAAAUGAGAAGCUGAAAACUCAGACGGACAACAAUGAACGAAUGCUGAUUCAUUGGGCUGCUCUCGGUGGACAUGAUGAUCUGGUUAUUUAUUUACUCUCAUUAGGCUCUCCCGUUGAUCCAACUGACGAUACGAACAUGACUCCCCUGAUUCUCGCAUCAUCGGCAGGUCGUGAAGAUGUGGUCAAAGUCUUGUUGAAACGAGAUGCCAAUGUAAACGCAAAAACAACUGAGGGACAUUCUGCUCUGCAAUAUGCCGCUUCCAAAAACUGGCUUGAAAUAUGUGAAGCUUUGAUAAAAAAGGGAGCAGACAUCAACAUAACAGAUAGCAGGGGAGCAACUCCUUUGCAUAGAGCAGCGUCUAAAGGGAAUCUAUUGGUUGUUAAACUCUUUCUCGAUUGUGGAAAAGACCUGAAAAUAAAUGCAACAGACAUGUACGGAAACACAGCCUUGCAUUUGGCAUGCGAAGAGGAUCGCCAGGAGGAGGCAAAACUUCUCGUCGGGAAAGGAGCCGACAUCUCGUUGACAAAUAAGGAAAAGAAAACACCUUUGGAUCUUGCAGGCCUCGGUUUAGCCCGCCAACUCAAAGAAAUUCAACAGAAAUCUCAAUCCUCAAAAUAAAAAAUUGAUUAAUAAUUCUA